AUCAACAGAGACUUAUGUAAUUCUAGAUGCAUUUGUAGUUACUUCAGAGACGACGUCAGCAACUUUUGUGUUGUUCUUCGGGGCUGUGCAUCUGCACUUGUCGUAUAAUUUCGUAUUACCCUAACCGGCGGAAAUAAGUUGCUAUUAGUAAACGGCCUUAACGAUCAUUGUUCAACUCUUGAUAUACGAUGGAUUGCGAGAAGUCUCGGAGAAUUCGUCAACAGGUGGCUUGAUUUUCCCUAAUUUCCACCUCUAGCAUUUCCUGGUAGCGAAUGUAUAUGUUUGAGAAGAUAUAGUUGGGGUGAAUUUAAUACGAAUUCAGCUGCCUGUCAAUCACUGCUCGAUGGCCUCGACUAUUAAAUCAAACCACCAUCCGCCACCACAUGGCCAUGGAGAAAUAAAUCCAUAUCAACUAACAGCCCUGUCAAGAUGGAUUUGAUACCGCCUCUAGUAACGGACUUCCAGUGGUUUGCGCCUAUCCUCCUCGAGAGCGGCGCGAUUCGAGCUCUGCCAGACUGUACAGUCCCGCCUUUGAGUCUUAAUGGAAUAUGUGAUGCCAGCAAAUCACCUUACGAACGUGCAGCUGCACUCGUUAGUGAAAUGACGAUAGAACAAAAAUACAACAAUACUAUGUUCUACCUGUCAUCUGAAGAUAAUCUCGGUCUUCCCCAAUUCACUCUUUGGAAUGAAGGUCUACAUGGUGUGGCUACGAGUCUCGGCGUCAACUAUUCCCAACAAGGAGACUACAGCUACGCCACCUCGUUCCCCAUGCCCAUCUUAACGUCUGCAGCAUUUGAUGAUGAUCUCGUUCAUUCUGUAGCAGAAGUCAUUAGCACUGAACUUCGUGCAUUUAGCAAUGCCGGUCAUGCUGGGUUUGACAUCUGGGCUCCUAAUGUCAACCCUUUUCGGGACCCACGAUGGGGGAGAGGCCCUGAAACUCCUGGAGAAGAUGUCUUCCGAAUCUCACAGUAUGCGACGGCGUAUAUUUCAGGGAUCCAAGGACCCGCAGACUCACCCUUCAAGAAGGCCGUCGCCACCUGCAAGCACGUAGCAGGAUAUGACGUCGAGGAUACGCCGAAUAACAUCACGCGCUACAGUUUCGAUGCGAAGAUCUCUAUUCAGGAUUUAGCCGACUAUUACCUAAGGCCAUUCGAGACAUGUACCCGUGACGCAGGCGUAGGCUCGCUGAUGUGUUCCUACAAUUCCGUGAACGGCAUACCUCAAUGUGCGGAUGGAUGGGUCCAGCAAGACCUAAUCCGCGACCAUUGGAAGUGGAAUAAAACGACCGAAUACAUCACUUCUGAUUGUUUCGCCAUCGACGUCAUCCAGGCCGCCGCCGGCCACCACUGGACUAAGACAGGGGAGGAGACGCUAAGCAAGGCCCUGAAAGCUGGAACGGACUCAGAGUGCGGGUUUGUGUACCGUACAUUCUGGCCAACUGCCAUGGAACAGGAUCCAGGCCUUGAGAGCUAUAUGGAUUUGUCACUUAAAAGGGUAUACGCGUCGUUUGUCGGAUUAGGUCUCUUCGAUGCCCCUGAAAGUCAGCCCUACCGUCAAAUUACGUUCGACGCGGUCAACACCCCGGAAACCCAAAAGCUUGCUCGCAAGGCCGCCACAUCUGGUAUAACGUUAUUGAAGAAUUUGAAGGAGACCUUGCCGUUUCAGGUCCAGAGUGGGAAAGAGUUGUCUGUAGCGCUAGUGGGAGAUUGGGCCAAUGCAACCGUUCAAUUGACAGGUGGCUAUGCCGGUCCGGCACCGUACUAUAUCAGCCCCUUAGACGCCCUUUCCAACGAAACCGGUGUUAAAGUGAGCCCGGUUCUGACUCUAGAUCACCAGGAUGUUCUGGAUGCAGCAAAGGCGAACGACGUGGUUAUCUACAUCGGAGGCAUCGAUCAAAGUAUCGAGGCCGAACAGAUGGACCGCCGGACAAUCGCAUGGAACGAAACGCAGGUGGAUUUGAUCGGGUCUAUUGCUCAAUUAAACAAGACUUUCAUUCUUGUUCAGACUGGUGGCGGGCAACUCGACGAUUCGGCCUGGCUUAACAGCAAUGGCGUAUCUGCUAUUGUUUGGGCCGGAUAUCCAGGCCAGGAAGGCGGAGCUGCUAUCGCGGACGUGCUGUUUGGACGGGUUGCUCCGGCUGGUCGCCUUCCGGUGACUCAAUAUCCUGCUUCGUAUACUGCGUUUCCGCAGACUGUUAUGGGGUUGCGUCCAGAUCCGGCAACGGGUAACCUCGGACAGACGUAUAAGUGGUAUACCGGCAAGCCGGUUCUUCCAUUUGGUCAUGGGUUGCAUUAUACCAGCUUCGGCGUAUCCGUUCAGUCGUUUGGAACAUUUGAUAUCCCUAGCGUCGUGAAGGAAUGUGGUGACCUAGGGUAUGGUUAUCUUGACCAAUGCCCCUUAGGCUCGCUCAAUGUUAAAGUUACGAAUACUGGGAAGGUCAAGUCCGAUUAUGUUGCUCUUGCGUUUGCUAGUGGGAGCUAUGGGCCAGCACCACAUCCUAACAAAUCCCUGAUCGGGUAUCAAAGACUAUUUGAUAUCGAGCCAGGUCAAGACAAGACAGCACAAGUCCAGGUGAAACUCGCCCAGCUGGCAAGAUUCGAUAACGAUGGAAACCGUAUUCUCUACCCUGGUACCUACAGAGUUGCUAUCGACACCGACCCGGAAAAGGCUUCGUUCGAAUUCACACUGACUGGCGAGCAGGCGAUUUUGGAAAGUUGGCCAAAGUAUGAUCGCUUGGCGCCGCAGUAGAUAGUACGAGAGCUUGUUAAUUUAUAUUGUAUAACUACCAAACCACCGAUGUUGAAAUAGAUGCAGGUUAUGAGUAUCAUAUUGUAUGAUUAGUUGAUUAAGUUGCUAGUUCUAGGUAGUGGUUCGUAGAUAGUACAUAUAUACCCCUUGAGUGCAGGGCGUAGACUUCCAGCCACCUAAUAUUCCAGCA